GCACCGGUCCCCCCGCGCCCCGAGGCCGGCGGGCGGCAGUUCCGUGCGGUGCGCGGGGCCGGGGCAGGAAAAGGCGGAGCCGGGGCGGGCGCGGCCGGGCCGGGAACUUCAACUCAGGAGGAAGAUGAAAGAUUGCAUCACUGAAGAACAUUUAUAUUUGGCUUUUUCUCAUCAGUACAGAGACAGUAUCUUUCCUCUUCAUACAUCUAUCUCCCUGUUUUUGCUAUCCUACUGUGACUGCAAAUUAUUUAAAAUUUUCUUAGUGCCGACUGGCGAAGAUGUGGGUGAUCAGUGUGUGACAAAAAACCUCCCUGGCGAUCUCGAGGUCCAUUUAAUCUCCAGGUGUCAGCUUCCAGAGGUUGUGCAGAGCUGCAGUUUACCUGCAGUUGUCGUGAAAGAUGGCAAAUUCUGCCGAGCUGGGCUUUCUGUUGUCUUAAGACAUAUAAUACAAAAAACAUAUGAGGCAGAUCCAUCUAAAAAGGAUGUUUUGGAACUCUUAGGCUUUAAGAAGACUUGCUUAAAAGCCUGUGCUGAAGUUAGCCAGUGGACCAGACUUUGUGAGAUCAGCAUUCCUCUGGCUGUGGAAAGGUUUCUGACAGCAUCUCCUGAGCAUUGUCAGGCUAUUCCUCCUGACAUUUUACAGUUUGAAAGGAAGCUUGGAGAACCUGUCCGAGUGCAUAACGACGACAAAAUUCGUAGGCAGAAACUUCAACAGCAGAAGGCAGGUGCCAAGGCUGCAGUGCCCGUACUCGGUGAAGAAGCAACAAAGGAGUUGAAAGCAGGGGAAGUGCAUGAGCAUCCACCCCCAAGUUUGGAACUGAGUGUAGCUUUCUCCAAGCUACUUGUCCAGGAAGCAUCAGAUGCAGUCAACAGAGAGGCCUCCCACAUCAGGAGAACAAAAACCUCUGACCUUCCACUCUUGGACCACAUCUUUGCAGAAGGGCUUUAUUUUACCGUGGCAGAUUUAGUGCUUUUGCCAUGCAUCCAUCAGUUCUUGGUUUCCAGCAAGAAACAAGGCAGAAACCUGGUAAAUUUGCCGCUGAUAUCCAGUUGGUAUCAAAGAGUUCAAGAAGUACCAGGAGUAAAGAAAGCUGCUGGCAAAUGCAAUAUGGAGCUUCUCCAACUUCCAGAGUUGAUGUCUGCUCCAGAGGAAGAGGCACAGGACUUCUCUUCAGUUCCUGAUGAGUUAGAAGAGGAGAGUGAAGACAGUCAUUUUAUAGGUGGUCCAAGGCCAACUAUGACUAAGCUAAUGGAAAAUGGAAUUGAAGCAAAGUUUUCUCCACAUCCAUGCCCCAGCUGGACCCUAGACUGGACCAGUCUACCAUCUGCAGUCAGUCCUGGGGAAGGAAAGAUGUCUAGAGACCGGGCUCUCAGGAAGCAGCAGCAACUGAACAAUUUGGUAGCAGUGGUGACAAAGCUUGCAAAGCCUGGAGAUGUGAUUGUGGAUUUUUGCAGUGGAGGGGGCCAUGUUGGAAUCGUUCUUGCUCACAUGAUGCCAUCAUGCCAGGUGGUACUCAUAGAAAAUAAGGAGUUGUCUCUGAUCCGUGCUAAAGACAGAAGUGAUGAACUAGGUUUAAACAACAUUUGGUUCAUUCAAGCAAAUUUGGACUAUUUUAAGGGGACUUUUAACAUUGGGGUGGCUCUGCACGCCUGUGGUGUGGCCACAGACAUGGUGAUUGAGCACUGCAUCCGGGCACGGGCAGCCUUUGUCAUCUCCCCGUGCUGUUAUGGCUUCAUUCAAAACACAGUCAAGUUCAAGUAUCCACGAAGUCAUCAGUUCAAAGAAAUUUUGUCCUACAAGGAGCACAUGAUUCUUUGCAGAUUUGCAGAUCAGACAGCUGUUCAGCUUCCACCUGAACGCAGGCUAAUUGGAAAACAAUGUAUGGGGCUUGUGGAUCUGGAUCGGGCAUGGGCUGCAGAAGAACAGAACUACUCUGUCCAAGUAAUAUCUAUGGAGCCAGAGAGUUGUUCUCCAAAGAACAAUAUGUUUGUGGGCACCCCUACUUAGAGUGUGAAACUUGCAUUCGAUUUGAAAUCGAACAUAAAUCUUCCGUGCAUAAUGACAUCCAGCAGAUAGAAGCAAAGCUGGGAACCAGACAUCACGCAUCUUGAACGCAUUGCGCUCGGAAAAGGAAGCAGCCCAAAAAGUCUGAAAAAGCAAACUGCACGCAGAGCAUCACAAAUCAACUUGCGAUGUGUCAUUAGGCAACUUUUGGUUCUCUUCUGAGAAGUUUCUGGAUCUAAUGACUGUGCGUGGAAUUAUAUCCAUCUGUAAAGGUUUAGAAAAAAGUUGGUCUCGUUGAAGGGGAGGUGGUUUCCUUUUCAGUAAAGCUGUUUCUUGGCUGCUUGAAAAUUGCGUUCGUGGUCAAAACUGCAUUUGGGUUUAUAGAUAGAGCAGUUGUCAGCCAGCAGUGCUGAUGACUAGAGGAACAGAAAAGAUCAGAUUUACGGUGUUAAGGAAGGAGGAUAUGGAACAGGUGGUGGCUUGACUUUGAUAAAAAAUUUCAUACUACUGUAGGAAGAUUAUUUUUUAAUAAAAGUUCAUCAGAUUACUUUGGGCCUCAUUCUGUUUAUUAAAAAUGUAUUCAAACGUGCCAGUCAUUUUUUAACAAGAUUUAAGUAUUAAGUAUUACACAAGGAUUCUGUUAGAAGGUAUUUGAAAUUGUGUUUAAAGAAAUCAAGCCCCUAGUUAUCCAUUGACCAGAUAGUGGGAGCUGGUGAUGAUGUCAGCAAAUGCACACUUCAUUGUCACCUUUGCUAGUUGAAGUGUAUUGCCUCCUGUUUGUAAGAAACUCUGCUGUCAGAAGAAAUUUUUAAGAACAGUUCAUAUGUCUAUAUACUCCCUCUUCACUGAUUUUAUGUUCAGUUUAAAAUCUGGUCAAAGUUACAAUUGUGGAAUCAUUUGAAAAGACCAGUCACAGUCAUGUUACUCUAAAGUGAAAAUAAACCUUCUGUGUUCAGUUUUCUACCCUAACUUAAAAUCAUCUGUUGACACUAACACAAUGGAAAAUAGCUCCUAAUGAAAUUUUUGCUGCAUGUUUAAGUGUUUUACACAUUUAUGAAUUCUGCCAUGUUUUAAUUUAAAUAAUUGUAAGUUUGAAAACUGUGAACAUAGCUUCAGUGCAUGUGGCAAGCUGAAUUACAAACAACAGGUAUUAGAGGAAAAAAAGGUUCCUCAAAUAUUAUAUUCUUCAUAGAUAUUUAGAUAUCUAAAAGAUCUAAAUGCUUUGGGUUUUUUUCAUGUGAAAAACUGAAGGAUGCUGCCCACUUAUUUAGGAGCACAAAGGUGAGCAAGUGGGAGUAAAUUACUACCUUUAGCCCGAGUUCUUCAGUAGAUAAUGGUGGAAUACUUUUUCUGCAACUUUUUAUAGUUAUAGGAGUAACUGGAGGUUGGUAUGGCAAUGGUGUAAAUGGCAGGUAUAAAAUACAUGGUGAUACCAAUUAUUUCCAGGGUUUUCUCUCAUACUUGCCUAAACAGAAUUCACUUUCUAAGGUAGUGGUGUGUCAAUCUGAACAUGUUAAAUUACUUUUCUGGAGUGAGGAAAUGUCUCUUCAUGACCUUUUUGUGCUGAAGGAAGAACUCACUAAGGUGAGAUACCUGUUGGAAACUUUGAUGCUGUUUACAGUAAGGACUUUCAUACUGCUCUGCUCCAGGCAAUGGGUAGCAACAUAAAUGUUUUAAUUAUGGUGAUGUUGAAUAUUUGGCAUGGUCUGCUGUUAUGCAAUAAUAAAUGACUUUCAGUAGAGCAAAA